AUGGCACAGGAAGGUCGGCGGCGCAGACGACGGGCACAUCGCCGACGGCAACAAGACGAUAACAGCGAGGGCCAUCCUAAACGAUUUCUGCUCUGUAUUCCAUGGCCGCAAUCACGGCGCAUGCGAUCUCAGAUCCUCCGCUGCUUCAUUUCAGGCGGAUUCCUGACGCUCCUCCUCGCUGUCUAUUUAGCACUCUCCCUCACACAAAAUAUUCGCAGUAGCGAGUUUACCGUGUUGUUGAUUCUCAUCAUCUUGUUCGUCACAAUAUUCUUCUGUCACGGCCUGAUCCGGUUAUGCAUGCUUGUCAUCCGACCGCGGGUCGACGACGAGGCCAGGCCGCCAAUGCCGCAACUUUUGGCACCCGGCGGCUACGCCGUACCGCGAGAACCGAUCCGAGUCGUGCUGGCGCGCGAUGAAGAGGAGCAAGGGGAGGUCAGCGAGGCGGUCCUAGCCAAGCCCCCAGCCUACGGACUCUGGCGAGAGAGUGUGAGGGUUGAUCCCAACCGCAUCUACUGGCAGCGCAACCCGAACGCCGCGCCGAACGAGGGAACAUCCAGUCGCGGCGAUAGCAGCACUGGUCCUCGACCACCAUCUUACGCAUCAGAGGACGGAGUGAGCUAUGUCGUGGAAGCUCGACCCCGAUCCAUGGCCCCGGCAGCAAUGACUGACGUACUUACCCCACUACCUACACAUCCUUCCGAACGGGGGCGGAUGGGUGAACACAGGAGUGCAUGGUAG